AUGCUUCACUUGCAUUACAUUAGUUCACGCAUGCAGCCGAUGGCAUCACCCUGCGUGGGGCUUUAUACUGCUGAGUGCUAUGGACGCUCGAGGUCUCUAUCUGGCUCCCAGAGCUCACCUCCAGCCUGUCAUCUGGAGAGCAGAAUAAGUCUCGAGGACUACGAAUAUGUUCAAGACGGAGACAUUAUUAUUGGAGGAGUGUUCAGAGUAAAUAACUUGAUGAAUGAUUAUCGUGAAGAUGGAAUCAUAACUAUGAUGGCUUGUAUGGAGCCUAUUCCACAUUUCUACAAAAAUCUUUUGACCUUUAUGUUUGCCAUUGGGGAGAUCAACAGUCAUCCGGAAAUGUUACCAAAUAUCACUCUAGGAUAUCAUUUAUUUGAUUCAUGUUCUAAUGAAAAAAAGACUGUAAAAAGCGUCCUUCAGAUUUUAUCUGGACCAGGAAAGACCGUCCCUAAUUACUCCUGUACUAAACGAGGGACCCUGGCUGGUUUUAUUGGGGAUGAACUUUCUGACACCACCAUACCCAUGGCACAAAUCCUAGGGCUGUAUGGGUACGCACAGAUCAGUUAUGGCGCAACGCAUUCCGUGCUCAGCGACAGACGAGUUUAUCCGACGUUUUUCCGAACAGUUCAAAAUGAACAUGUCAGUUAUUAUAUUUUAUCCAAGCUGCUGAAAUACUUUGGCUGGAACUGGGUCGGCAUUUUAACCACCGAUGAUGAAAGUGGAGACAAGGAAAGCCAAGUACUGACAAAGUAUAUGAAAGACGAUGGAAUUUGUGCUGAAUAUGUAAUAAAAAUACAUUAUUUUCAAAGCAUGGUUGAAAGUUUUGAAUACGCUUUCAAAACAAUAGAAAGAUCAUCAUCUCAAGUUAUCAUAUUUUGUGGUUCCUUUUCUGAAGCUUUUAUGUUUAUUAUUAGGGAAACAAAACAUUCAUUAAUCAAUAAAUAUGUAAUUCUUGGCACCACGUGGUCUUCAAACACAUUUCUGUUCCGGCAUUUCUCUGAUGUAUUUAACGGGACUCUGACACUGAAAGCGUAUUACAGCGACCAUGUUCCAAAACUUUCAUUCUUCCUUGAGAAAUUUCACCCAAAGAGCUACCCAAAUGACAAGUUACUGGAAGAUUUGUGGGUAACAGCUUUUGAAUGCUUGUCUCCAGAUCCCUAUAAAAACCAGUAUUAUGAAAUUCAUUUUGGGAUGUCACUUCGUAACUGUACUGGGAGAGAACGCUUGAACGAUAUUGUUAGUUUUUUCAACAACGGGGAUGCUUCUCGAGUGAAUAAUGCAGUGCUUGCGAUGGCUAAAGCCCUACACAAUAUGUACAUAUUUCAGGAAAAAAAACUUUAUCGAAAUAAAAUAACUCAUUACAAACAUCAGUUGCACCAUUACAUAAGAAAUCUGAAAGCCGAGGACCAAACUUCUCAUCUAUAUUUUGAUGAAAAUGGAGAGCAUGUUACCCCACACGUAAUUCGGAACUGGGUUGGAAAUAAGGAAGAAAUUAAAUCCUUUAAAGUGGUCGGUGUCUUUGAUCCGUGGGCUCCGGCUGAUCAGCAGCUUAACAUCAAACCCGGUCUAAUAACCUGGAAGAACGAAGCCAACCAGAUUCCAAAAUCUCAGUGCUCAGAAAAUUGUUUGCCGGGUUACAGGAAAGCCCCGGGGUCUGAGAUCCAUUUCUGCUGCUAUGACUGCGUCCUGUGCUCAGAGGGAGAAAUCUCCAAUAUGACCGAUAGUGAGGCCUGCACAAAAUGCCCAGAUAAUGAAUGGCCCAAUGAGAAGAAGGAUCUGUGUGUUCCCAAAUUGGAAGAUUUUUUGUCCUAUGAUGAUGCAGUUGCUAUAGCAUUUACAUCACUCUCAAUUUUAUUUUGUCUUCUAACUGUUACAGUAUCAGGGAUUUUUGUUUCCUAUAAAAAUACUCCAGUUGUAAAAGCCAAUAAUUGGAGCCUCAGCAUGAUCCUCCUGGUCUCUAUCAUGACGAGCUUCCUUUGUGUCUUUCUGUUCCUUGGUCGUCCUACGGAUAUAACCUGCAUUUUACGCCAAACUGUCUUUGGAGUUGCCUUCUCAUUAGCCGUGUCUUCUGUGCUGGCCAAGACUAUCAUGAUUUUUGUCGCUUUUAAAGCCACUAAACCUGGCAGUGUCUGGAGAAAAUGUCUCGGAAUCAAACUGUCUGCUUCUGUUGUCUUGUUUGGCUCAUCUGUCCAAGUUAUAAUUAUUAUUUUUUGGUUGUCCAUUUCCCCCCCAUUUCAGGAGCUGGACAUGCACUCUUAUCAGGGAAAGAUCAUCGUUCAGUGUAAUGAGGGUUCGGUUAUCGCCUUCUACUGUGUCCUGGGUUAUAUGGGGCUUCUGGCAGCUGUUAGUUUUAUUAUAGCUUUUUUAGCCAGGACAUUACCGGACAGUUUUAAUGAGGCCAAGUACAUCACCUUCAGCAUGCUGGUGUUCUGCAGCGUUUGGAUUGCGAUGAUCCCGGCCUACCUGAGCACCAAAGGGAAGAACAUGGUGGCCGUAGAGAUUUUUGCCAUAGUGGCUUCAAGUGCUGGACUUCUAGGAUGUAUAUUUUUUGCAAAAUGUUAUAUAAUUAUAUUUAGACCAGAAAUUAACUCAAAAACACAAUUAUUUCGUAGCAGAAAUAACAAUCCGUAGAUAUAAUAAAAGUCAAUACAGUUGGGGAAUUAAAUGUCUUAAUGCUCCACGGAUGUACUAUGACAUCUUAAGUGAAAUAGCUUAUAUCAAUAUGUGCACCGGCAAGACAUGUUCAGUGAUAGCCUGAAGUCUGCAUUACUGAUUUCAUGUUGACCGACCAUGUGUAGCGACACUCAGCAUAAAUUG